CAGGUAAUCUUGGAUAGACAAGUUUCACGAAGCGCCAUGGAAUGGCCCUUAUCAAAAGUCCCCUGUAACACAGGAUUGCGUUCUUUCGAAUAUGCAGGUGCAGAACAUGUUGUUUGCAUUUAGCCGUCCACUUUGCAACACUCUGUACACUGCUCGACAACCACCAUACUAUCAUUUCUAAGCUUUCCGUGACAUGAAACUCCUCAGAUCAGCUGAGCGAGCUUUCAACGCCAUGAUGACGGGCUCGGAACUAGAAACUAAGGAAACCCCCCAACAUGCUACAAGAAAAACGAUGGCCAGCCCAGUAGCUGGAAAUAUUACUAGCACGGUUAGCGCUUCGAACGAUUCACAGGCGGAUCGUUCAGAUAGUGAUAAUGAGGUUCCCGCUUCACAAUUAAUCACGUCUUCUCGAAGCCGUCAAACUUCGUGGGAUGUUCCGCGACGAAGAGAGCGUGCCAAAAUACCAGAACAACCAAUUGCUCCGGGCCAAGACGAUGCCCGUUGGCGCGAGGUAUUUGACAGAUUUGAGCACCUGUCAAAGGACACGUGGAACAUCCAAUCAGCCUUGCAAGAGCUGCAUAAAGAAAGGCACGAGAAGUUGACCUCCAAGUCAGACCUACUGAGGGCUCAAAAUGAGCUAGAGCAGGCCAGGUUAAGUUUGGAAACAGUCACCAAGAAGUGGAAGAAGACGGCUUCGGAGCUGAACAACUUACGGUCUCAAGAAUCGAGGCUGUACCAGCUUCUCGACGCAGACCUCGACGGUUUGGUGCAAGGGCUUCGCUACGAGAUCAGAAAUUUCUCCUUUUCUUUUCAAUAUUCGGCCAUCAAUUCACCUGAACAGUUUUUGCAGCCACAAAGCGACGGCCUGGAAAAUUAUAUGGUUGAGGCUAUGGAAGAACUCCAUGGAAAUCAUGGCCAUCGCAUAUCGGAGACCAUGGGCCCCGCCCUUGUCCAAUCCUUCCUCUGGAGAGUACUCGUUUCCGAAAUAUUCGAGCAAUUUCGUUGGGCACCGCAAUUACAAUCGUCUAUUACCGACGUAUACAAUAUCUUACAUCCAGAUCGCGAUUGUCAUUCUAGGCAAGGAAUAUCAACGGGGCGAGAAGCUGAACGAAAGUUUCAAAUUUGGAAGGCUACUACCUCGGCCCUUAUUCUCGAGUCUAUGGAAUGUGAGGGCGAGGAGAAGUGCCGGCGACGGAUGGUUAAAUUCACUAGUGACAUUUCCGCACUGAUCAUUGAUGUCGUGAAACCAUUUGCAUUGGGUUCAGACAAGAUAUCGGAUCAACUCGAACUUAUUAUCAAUAUGUUCAUUGGUCUGGACGAGAAAAUCUGCAGGCAAGCGACACGCGUCGACUGGCUUUUUCCAUCUUUGCAACACUCGGCACAAUUCAACCCAGAAACAAUGGCAGCAAGAGGAAGGGAGAUACCACCAGAACCGGGACAGCAUGUUGACAUGAUCGUGGCACCUGGCUUGAAGAAGCGAGGCAGACAUAUGGGUGAAGAUUUUGAGUCUGAGUAUCUCCUAUUGAAGAUGGACGUCAUUUGUACUCCCUCUUCGAAGGGGCGUGGUGGCAAGGGACAAUGUGGCCAAGUUGAUACCGAAGUAACUUGAUAAUUUCGUUAUAACGGGCCAAGUGUCGGAUAUAAAUGGAUCAACUGCAUUUUCGGUAGCGAAUAGUCUUAUUCCAGUAAUUUGGAAGCCAAAUUUUGCAAAA